CAAUCAAUUACUUCCUUAUUGUUUAAUGAUACAUGUAAUUCCAAUUUUGGAGAUUUUUACACUCUCAUAACAUAACCACUAUAGAAGAACAUUCACUCUCACUAUGUCAUUUCAAUAUCUCAACACACCACCAAUCAUCCCAUCGCCGGAGGGAGUAUUCAGUUUCUCUGUUCCUGCAAAGACCGAUAUAUGGCGCAAACCACCGACCCUAGACGUAUUCAGUGCUCCGGUUGCCUACAGAAAAAUCCCUAUCCAGCAAUUCAGACGAGCUCGCGUCACGGUCAGUGGUGACUGGAGGACCCUCUACGACCAAGGAGGGCUUGUCAUAAUUCUACCACAAUCUCAACACGGGUAUGACACUAGCAAUACCCACAAGCGCUGGGUAAAAGCCGGCGUUGAGUUUCACGAUAAUUCGCCCAAAGUGAGUGUCGUGUCUGCUGACUCUUGGGCGGACUGGAGUCUUUUGCCUGUGGGCAAGUCCGAUACUGAGCAGGAUGAUGCGAUAACGAUUGUUUGCGAACGAGAAUGUAAUUCGGAUGGGACAUUUGGAGCAGGGCUUCAUGUUUAUCUAGCUGGUGUGAAUGGUGAGAAGAAGAUCAUGAUCCGUGAGGUGACUUGGCCUUUUUUUGGAGUUGGCGAGGAUGAUACCGUGGAUGUUGGAAUAUAUGCAGCACGGCCAACGCCUGAUGAGAGAGAAUCAUUGACCGUCAAGCUGAAGGAUUUUGUCAUUGAGCUUGUCUGAACAAAAUUGUGACCUUAUUGCAUCUAUUUUACUGGAAAACUUCAUAUACCCCACUACUCCCUUAUCAAAAUGCGAAUGUACGAUUCGGCCUUGCCAGAAUUGAUGCUUGCUGGUACCAAGUAUGUUAAUAUCAGUUGCUACCUUUAGCCUUAGAAGCACAAUGAAACUUGUUGAAUCAUGAGUCUAGCGGGUUGGGAAAGUAUUGCAGCUGAGAAAUCAGCUCGCCCUCCAU